UUCCAGGGCCUCCAACCUCCAUUCUCAAUUUUCUUCUACCGUUCACCUCCAGGUCUUCGUCGAGCCCAACGUCUCCGUUUCCUACCCGACUCGCGCUCAGCGGCGCUCAGGGCAGAGCUUCUGCGCAUUCCCCACUCGCGCUCAGCGGCGCUCAGGCUCGGCUCGGCGGCGGCGUCGGCGGCUCCCCCUUCCGCCUCUCGCCAGUCGCCUCGCGCCCUCGCCUCCGUCCUCUGCGCACCGGCCGGCGACCCUGCAUUAUCGGGUAUACAUGCGUGCCACCAUGUCCUUGACCGGGUCCGCCCUUGCCAAUGAUCCCUGCCUCACCAAGAUCCUGUCCAAGCAAGGGGACAACAAAGUUCUCUUUGCAGACAAGGUAUUAAAGUUCAGCCAGUCAGGAAAGAUGAAAAGGCGCAUCCUAGUGAUUACAGACUUUGCUCUAUACCUUGUUGACCCCGAUGCCAAUAUAUUGAAGAGGAGGAUAGCACUUGCAGCUGUGGAUAAGCUAUGCAUUAGCAACCUCAGUGAUAACUUCUUUGCGAUCAUUGUGCCGACUGAGUACGAUUGUUUAAUGGCCAGCACUAGAAAGAAGGAAAUUGUUGGUAUCAUAGUUAAGGCUAUCAAGAGCACAUCUGAGUAUGAACCUGAGGUGGCGUCCUCUAACAGGUUUGAGUAUCAUGCAGCUGCUGAAGUUAUUAAGGUUGUCGAAUUUGAGGAAGUUGAUGGAGGCACUAAAACCAGGAUCACGAACAAGAAGUCAUGAUUCAGAUCUCAUGUAUGGGUGGUUUCCCGUAAACUGUAUAGCUCUUUCGUUUUCAAAGGGGUGUUAUGUUCACAUGUGUAGUCUGUACGGCAAUCUUAACGUCGUUUCUUUUGUUUUCUUUUGUAUUGUUUUACUAGAAAAACUGCACGCCGCCGGCGUCCACCAUUCUAAUCUAGCCCAUGGCUUGGUCGAUGCCCCUGUAAUGUAACUGAACAGCAUCAGGCAAUUGUUGUUGCCCCUUCCCUCUUGAACAUUGUUAAGUUUGACAUUCGAGAUAACAAGUCAUCCAAGAUAGUUCCUA